AUGAGUAGCGUCGGCAGUCAUGUUACAACUCCGAGAAACGUGCCCGCACAAAACUGGGAGGCGAGUCCGGGUGAGUCGCCCUCUCGGUCGCCGCGGCCGGCCAAGCCCGUCGGCAGCGGUGUGAAAGCCAUGGCGGCCAUGUUCGAGAUCGCCUCAACUUCCCCGCCGUCCAAGGACCCCACGGCGUUUCAUGGCAUCAUCCUCCCCACGCCGAUGCAGCAGCAAAUGGUCGUGGGCUGGGCCGACACGGAUGCCAGCAGGCCCAGCGGCGUGCUUUCGCAGUACACGGUGAACGCUUCUCCGACGAAGAAGUCUCCGGCCAAGUCGGGCACGCCGCGCUCCGCGGUUGUCAGGUCGGACUCGACGCAGUCGGACAACAACUCUUGGAUCACGGCCAUCCGGCACGGAGACGAUGAUUCGCGCGGCUUGGGAGAAGAGAAUGGGGGCUGCGACGAGCCUCAGAUAAAGGGCCACGCUCCGGUUCGUCGCCUAGGCAGCGAUGACGAGCGAUACCAUGGCGGCAGACAAGAAGCGGGCGACGAGAACAAAGCCAGUACCGCUGUUGUUCCUCAGUCUACACAUCCCGUACUCGAACAUAAACCAGGAGUCUCGGCAAUGACACCCCACUGGGGCCAGCAGCAGCGCUACCGCGACAACAGCUCGUCAUCGCGCCGUCUCGCGCGGCGGCAGGUCAGCUUCUCGCAGACCGAGACGGACUCGUACUCGACAGCCAAGAAUCCUCACGCCCAGCGGUCCUCCAGGACGCCGUCGCCCAACAGUGACCACGAUCACGCAGCAGCGGUGGCAUCGGCGACCGCCAUCACGACGCCUGGCACCGCAGCUCCGCCCUCGGCUCUGCCACCGGACCGCGACAGCACAAUAUCAACAGCAACAGACGAGGCAGCAGCAGAUGGGUCGCCCGCGCCCGGCACAGGACGAGGCAGCACCGGCACCAGCAACAGCCACAGCAGUCCCGACAAGAGCAAGAGCAGCAAGACGCCCGCACUGCACGCGCAGAUCCGCACGCUGCAGAAGCAGCUCGAGGCGCGCGCCGAAGAGGCGCAGCAGCUGCGGCGGCUCGUGGACGCCAAGCACGACGCCGAGCCGGUGGUGGUGGCCCUGCGCGAGCAGCUGCGCCGCGCCGAGCGCGAGUGCCGCACGUGGCGAGAGCGCGCCGAGGCGGCUGAGAAGCGCGUCGCCAUGUUUGAGCGCCUGGCCGCCGCCGCGCGUGCCAGGAUGGCGAGGCGCGGCAGCAGUGGCGGGCUGGAUAGACAUGAGCGCGGCAUGAGUGUUGGUGGCGGUGCUGCUGCCACGGCAGGGAUGAAUGCUGGCGAUGCUGCGGCGGAUGAUUACGAGGAUGACUAUGACGACGGCGAUGAUAUGGGCUGUGAGGAUGGCGGAGAUACCAGCGCCGAUGGCGAGGUCGAGGUCGAUGUCGAGCCCCUUUCGGAGGCGUUGCCUGGCAACCACCAGCAACGGAGUGAUAACAAGGGUUAUUGCGAUGUGCAAGCUGGCGAAAAGAUCAAGAAACGGCGGCUCCAGACGCAGCAGCUGCUGCUGAAGAAGAAGAAUGAAAUAAAGCGGUCAGGAGGUGCAUCGCGGCCUCUAAUGCUCCGCAGCGGGCCAGCAGCACGGCGGCGGAAGCAGUUGCCUGCAGCAGCAGCGCGCUCUCUGUCGCUGUCGUCGGCGGGCGGGCACACGGAAGACGACGACGUCGUGGCGCACCGCAUCCGCAUGUCGUUCCGGCGUAAAGCUGCUGCCCACCACCCCGGCGGAGACGACGCGGGAGCCGACGGCGACGAUGAGCAGGGGGAUGAUGCUGAUGCUGAUGCUGAUGGAGACGGGGACGGGGGUGGAGAUGUGGAUAGAGGCGACGUGGGUUUGAGUGGUGGCCAUGAACAGCACCAGCAACAGCAUGCUAGUCGCGGCAUCUGUGACGAUGUCGGCAGGUGUAGGAGCAGCACCAGCGACGGCGGUGGGCGGCUCUCGGCCGCGGCCGCGAGCAUGUGGAUGGCGGCGGCUGAGGCGUUGUUGGAAGGGGACGAGAAGUGA